UGUUUUUCAGGGGACCCCUACACCUGUUUUCCAUGUGCAGAGAGUGAAUGGUAUGAGGAAGGCAGCACAACUUGUAAAACACGUUCUGUUGUCUAUCUUCAGUUCACAGAAAUCCCCUCAAUCGCUGUCAUGGUUUCUGCCAUAUGCAUAAUUAUUUUACUCAUUGCCAUAUUUUCCCUUUUCUCCUACAAUUACAACACACCAGUGGUGAGGUCUGCUGGUGGUAGCAUGUGUUUCCUGAUGUUGGCGUCUUUGAUUUUGUCAAGCAUAAGUGCAUUCUUUUUCUUUGGAAAACCCACAUUUGCACAUUGCCUCCUGAGAAAUGCCAUAUUUGCAUUUUUCUUCACUGUGUGUAUUUCCUGUUUAACUGUCCGUUCCUUUCAAAUUAUUUGUGUUUUUAAAAUGGCUGCUCGGUUCCCUAAGGUGCACAGCUUUUGGGUAAAGUACAAUGGACAGUGGCUUUUCAUUGCAUUUGCUUCUGUCAUUCAUUUAAUUUCUUGUGUGAUAUGGAUGACUGUCUCUUCUGUCAAACCCAUCGCUGACUCAUGGACUUAUAAGGACCAAAUUAUGCUCAUCUGUGAAAGGGGGAACACUAUAACAUUAACCAUAGUUGUGUUUAUAGGUUGGUUUCUUGGUUUACUGUGUCUUCUGUUUUCCUACAUGGGAAGAGAUCUGCCGAAAAAUUACAAUGAGGCCAAAUCCAUAACCUUCAGUCUCAUUUUGUACUAUCUGACCUGGAUUGUUUAUUUUACAGCAUACAUCUAUUUCAAAAGCAAAUAUAUAAUCCUUUUGAAUGCAAUAGCCCAGAUAUCCAGUAUAAAUGGAAUUCUCUUUAGCUAUUUUAUACCAAAAUCUUACAUCAUAAUAUUCCAACCACAAAAGAACACUCCCGCAUACUUUCAAACAUCUAUUCAGAAUUACACCCAAACCAUGAGUAAGACUUAGACUUAAGUCUUUGUGUACCCACUUUAUUUUUAACAUAAGAGCUGGUGCCAUAGCUUUAAUGUGCGAGGCAUCCGGUCUCAUCCGCUUCCAGUUAUUUUUGCUGUACAAAAGCUUGAUAUUGCAAACUUGUAUUUGUUAUCAUAUUAUUUGAAUCUUUUAUAAAACACACUGAUUUGUAGCGCAAAUAGUUUUAGUCAUUUACCUAUAGAAGCAGAUUAAUCGAUUAUCCUGAUUAAGUCUAGCACAUUCACAGAAAAUAGCUUACUUUUGAGUUGCAAAAUAAAGUGGAUAGGAUGUGAACUCUUAAACUCUGUGUUAGUGGCCUUAACUAUUAUUUUACCACAAUCUUAAAGAAACACGUAGAAAAUGUAUGAGAAUGGAGAUCAAUUUUGAGGUUCAGUCUGAAU